CCGAGACUCUAAUUUAUUUUGUAAACUAGCAUUCAGGCUCACCAGGAAAAACCGUUCAGUUCAAUUUAUUAACCACUAAUUGGCUGCCACGUACAGACCCAUCCCUAGGGCUGCGCAACAAAAACACACACUCUCUCUCUCUCCCUCUUCACUCGUCACUCUUCACGCCCACACGCUAUUUCUCUCCCUUCCAAAAGUACAAGCAAUGGAGUCAGCUACUCUCUCGACGGCCUUCACUUCCUUCCGCCGCCACGUGCGGCCUGAUCUCCCCCACCGUCCAAUUCAUGCAUCUUGGCGCCGGAACCAGACCUCACCCCUACCGAUUUCCUCCACCGGCCGCCGCCAGAGGUUUGACGUGUUCUUGAGCUUUCACGGCCACGACGCCCGCCACAGGAUCGUGGACCACCUCUACGCCGCUCUGCUCAGAAAAGGAACCAAGCCGUUCAAAGACGACACGGAAAUGGAAAGGGGCCUGGACGUGGAGGAGGCCAUCUCGACGGCGAUCGAAGACUCGAGCAUCUACUUGCUCCUCUUGUCCCCCGGCUACGCUUCGUCGGCUUUUUGUAUGGACGAGGCGGUUGAGAUUAUGCAACGCUGCGGCAGCGGCAGCGGCAGCGGGGGGAGAGUAGCCCUCCCCAUAUUUUACUUGAUCUCGCCGGACGACGUCUCCCUCCCGACCGCCGGUUGCUUCAAGCAACACUUCCUUUCCCACUUUGAUAAAUUCACUUACGGCCGAGUUCAGGGAUGGAUGGAUGCCUUCUCCUCAAUUGGGAAAAUUGGUGGAUGGGUGCAUGAGAAUGGCAGGUCAGAAGCUUUGCUCGUCGAGGAGGUUUCCACGACGAUUCAGAAACUGGUCCUGAAAAUGAGGAGCACUAGGCAUGAUAUCUUUACUAAAUAUUCCCCACCGUCGCCGCUGUCGUGGCUGCAGCUAGCUUCUUCUACAAGUGCUCACAAUGACCAACAUAUGGAACUGGAGUACUUUCAGCCACAAAUGAUCUCCUCAACACAAGGCAAUGACAGGAUCGUGAGGAUCCCCAAACCCGAUCACGGCGUGGAAAAUCAGCACUCGCUGCAGCUGUGUUUGGUGGCACAACACUACUCACGCCCCGGUGCCCGCGGCCAGCUUGACAUAACGAUGAACAGCAUCACCACCAUUGCCACUGAGGCAAGAAGCUUGUGGAAGGAUGAAAACAUCCAGGUGGAACCCCUCGAUGCUGCUAAUAACAUUAAUGGUUACAUCAUCCGAUUUCUGAAUGAAGACACUCGAAACUGGGUGCUGGAGUCCUCUCCCUGCCUCAUCAACGGCACCCAGUUCUACAUGAGGAAAUGGAAAGGGCCGUCGUCGUCAUCGCUGCUGACGAUUCCGAUGUGGGUGAGGCUGUACGACGUUCCUGAGGAGUAUAUGAACCCCAAAGGGCUGAGCUAUAUAGCCAGCGCUCUCGGGAAGCCCAUGUACGUGGAUCGGGCCACCGCUGACUGUUGUUACAAUCACAGCAGCGGGUCCCGUGAUAAGAUACCGGCAUAUGCUAAAGUCUGCGUGGAGAUCAGCCCCAAGGACCAAGGCAUCAUCACUUUUAGGCCUGCGGCCGAGAGGACGAUGGUGAUUGCUAUUGGUGACGAGAAGGAGAAUCUGGUGAUCGUCAACGCCGUUUACCAGCUGGAAGAAGACGGUCAGGGGGAGGGGGAGCUGGUGGUAUAGCUCGUCAUAAAUCACCAAGUAAGCC